AUGGCUCCUUCCAAUGUCCUUCCAGUGGUCAACAACGGGCGGGGCUCCACCAGACAGGCAAGUGCAGUUCACUGUCCACUGUUUGCUCGGCCGGAAACCUUGAUUCAAUCAUUGAUCCCUGAUCCCCAAAUUUCAGCCACCUUCUUUCAUCCCCAAACCGAAAUGAACAAUGAACGUUAA